AUGAAGGUAACUGUGUGUUUCGACAACGUUAGAGUGGUGGUUCCUUGUGGGGAUGGAACCCUACUGGUUAAGGAUUUAAUGCAUGAGGCUAUUCUAAGGUAUAAAAAAGCAACUGGGAAGAAUGAUAGUGCAUUAACUAUAAAUAGCUUAUCCUCUUUAACUGGAGGUGGUCUCCUGGAUCCAGAUGAUAGGUUAUGUGAUGUAGCUGAUGACAGAGAACAGAUUGUUGCUCAUUUUGUGAGCACAGAUACCACGCAUGCCGGUGGUGAUGGGGCAAGUUCAGUUGGAACAAACAGUCCUGAUUUUUUUCAUUCAGAUAGCAAGGAACCGACUUAUACAAUUGAUACACAUUCCUCCAUACCAGUCAGUAGUAUUAAAAGAGAAAGCACUAAAAGAUUGUCAAUGCAUGCACUGUCAACCAGGGAACCUUGUUUAACCACAUAUUCUGCUCAGUCCCUUCCCAGAGAGUCACGGCGUAGAGAGCCACUGGGACAAGAUGCCAAAGUAUCAUUUGAAUAUGCAAAUGCUAACAUUGAACCAGGAGAUCAAGGAGAAAUUAGGGAAAUUGUGAUAAAAAAUGAAGCAGGACCACUAGGGCUUCAUGUGGUGCCAUGUUAUGACUUGUUGGGUAAUGAUCAGGGACUCAGAGUUGAGGGCAUCGAGCCUAAUGGCAGAAUUGCUAGAGAUGGACAGAUUGAUUUACAUGAUAAGAUCAUCAAAAUAAAUGGUCACAAUUUAUUACGUAUACCAUUCUCCAAAGUGCAAGAGAUCUUUCGUACCUGUAUGAGUGAACAAUGUUUGCAAAUUUCUGUGGUGAAGCAUAAAAAACCACAUGAGAAAUCGUUACAUAAAAAUCAUGGCAAUACUAGUGGAGGGUCAGAAAAGGAAAUUGAUGAUAAUGUUAAAAGACUUCAAUGCAGCAAUUAUAAUUUGCUGCAGACUGCUAACACACGUAAGAUUGGUCGUAUGAUAGAAAUAGAACUAACAAAAGGGAGCAAUGGACUAGGAUUUAGCGUGACAACACGUGACAACCCUGCUGGUGGCCAUUGCCCGAUAUAUAUUAAGAAUAUAUUACCAAAAGGUGCUGCAGUCGAGGAUGGCAGAUUAAGGCCUGGUGACAGGUUGCUAGAAGUAAAUAAUAAAGAAAUGACAGGUAAAAGUCAGGCAGAAGUUGUUUCACUCCUCAGAAGUAUCCCUCCUGGUGGGAUAGUGAGGAUGGUGGUAUCACGUCAGGAAGAAAUUUCUUCUACUGUUCCAGAUUCUCAUUCUCAUGUCACUACCACAAGUCAAUCCACAGAUGUUACAGAUAAUGCAAAAUAUUGGAAUACAUUGAACACAUCACCGGUAAAGAAGAAUAUUGAUGUGCAAGAUAAAGUUAAUACCCAUAGCUAUGAUAAGUGUACAUUCAAACCAGUGAAGUCUUCCUCAGAAGACAUUGUUCUAUCACCACGUAAAAAUCGUAUGAUAUUAACGUUAGACAUACCGGUACAUGAUUCGGAAAAGGCUGGACUAGGUGUAAGCGUUAAAGGAAAGACAACUAACACAGAUGAAAACACUAAUAUGGACUUGGGGAUAUUUAUUAAAAGCGUCCUUCACGGAGGUGCAGCCUCCAGGGAUGGACGGUUAAGGACCAAUGAUCAAUUGCUCAAUGUUAACGGGGUAUCAUUAUUAGGAUUGUCAAAUUCAGAUGCAAUGGAAACACUUAGAAGAGCGAUGCUCAAUACGAACAGCUCUGUAACAGGAGUGAUCACUCUUACAAUAGCAAGGAGGAUAUCUUCCUACGAUACAAACGAGAAAAACUUACCAGAAAGUUUGUCCUCUCACUGUAAAUUAGAGUCUGCUAACAGUAUAUACAUAUCUGAAUCCACGAAAGCCAGUGAGGGUAGAGUGAAAGAAAAGAACAACCUGAACUCUCAGACAGACGUUCUGGACAACGGUGGUCUAUUGUCCUGCGUGACGGCAUCUCCUUGGAAUCCAGUUAUCGAUAGACUAACGGAACAGUAUAAUAAGAAUAGUUUAAGGAACGAAAGUUACUGCAUCGCUACCAAUAAAACGUGGAUAGAGUCUGUUAGUAACGUGAAGAAGAUCACGAUAGGACAGCGCGACGACCGUACGGAACCAGUAUUGCUAGAAGACUCGAACGAGCCGCAGUGCAAUGAAGCGAAGAGAAACACGGACGAUAAAGAUAGUCAGUAUUCCGGAGAUCCGACGUACGAUAGUCAAUUAUCCCUCGAAGAAUUUAACUCUUCCUCCAAUAAAUUCUCCCGCGACGCUUUAGGCAGACAGAGUAUGUCCGAGAAGCGGCACGCUGCUCUGGACGCAAAGAACACGGACACGUACAAGAGAAACAAAAAGUUGCGAGAAGGACGGGAGAGUAAGAAUCAAGAACAGGCGAAUCAAAAGUCCUCGAAUCAGUCGACAGAUCUGGAGGAGCAGAGUAGUAGAAGGAGUGGUAAAUCGGAGAGUUACGAAAAGAAUAAAAGCAAAGCUACCACCGAGAGCAGUACUGCGAGCGAGAGUAGUCUGAAACGAUACGAGAAAUCCGUGGAUCCUGCCCAGUCAGAAUACGUGUACACUAUACCGGGAUGUAAUAAUAAGUUCACUUCACCGCGGAAACAUUGGCUCGUUGACGAUGUACACGGCGACAUAACGAGUAGCAAUAAUUUUAAGGACGAUCGCGAAGGUUUUCCAAAUAGGGGGGACGUGAAACAGGCAUCUCUCCAUUCGGCGUUAGACGAUCGAUACAAACGUUCGCGAAAGAAAGGUGGCAUACGUUCGAUGCUUCGAUUAGGAAAGAAUAGGAAAUCGCUCAAUUUCGGUGAUAGUAUAGAAGCCCGUCACGAAUCCACACUUCAAUUGACGCCGAAUCAAUUGAUGUACCAGCAGAAACGGUACAGAGGCAAGAUAAACAUCAGAAAGCCGAAGAUAUUUUUCAAGAAGAGAGUGUUGAACGAACUUUUAAAACCGUUCUUCGCCGAUCCAGACGAGGGAAAAACUCUGGAGCAAUUUUGCGCGGAAAAAAAAGGAAGCGGGACCAAGAUACCGCUUGGAGCGUACGAAAAGAUCCUGUCUAAGGAAGUUCGUAAUUGGUUCGACAAAUCGAAAAUGACCGCCAUCGUACACGUGAACAGUAUAAACGAGUUGGACAAAUUCAGCGUUAGAGUCCUAUUGCACAGAGAGAAUAUGUACUACAAAGCGUACGGGUCUCGAAUUGUACUAGACGCCAUCAGGGAUUCACCGUACGAAUGUAUUGCUCCUCUGAUUAACAAAUACACCGCAUUUGUGUUCAGCCCUCAGAUAAACGUAACUUCCUUACGCAAAAUCUUGAAAAAAUCGAAAAGAAUGUACGCGUUAGGAGGGAUACUGGAGGGACAGGUUUUUAAAUUGGAGCAAUUUAUGAAAUACGGUGAAAUGGAUAUCACAACGGCGCAUUUAAAUUUGGUUCAAAUAUUGCAGUGUGCGGGCGUUAACCUAAAUCAACAGCUGACGCAUCAUCAGUCGACUCUGGUGACGCGACUGAAACAGAUCGGUACAAAAGAGACAACCUCCGACGAGAUGCAAUGAGAAAUCGGUGCCUGUAUAAUUGCAAAGCUACUUGUAUCUAUAAUUUAUUAUACGUUUCAUGAUGCACACGAAGCUUUAAGUAAAAGUACAAUUCA